AUGAUUUCACCCACAGCACAUAUAUUUAGGAAAAAGCUCAUCCGCAAGCCACCCUUUUGGGCCCCGUCGUCGACGUCCGCCGGUUCUACCUCAUACGCCUCCUCACCAUCUAUAUCAUAUCGUAUAUACUCUAUAUGGCUUUUCACGUUCAGUGACAUCAAGACCAUCAUCGCCCCCAGCUUUGCCUUUGGCUUCUUCACUGCAUAUAUCUCACCGUCCUUCGAUAUACAUCCGGCACCCACAUGGCAGGAGUUAAUUCAGCGUGCCCCCCUAAUGCUGCUAUGGUCGUGGAUAAAUCUACUACCGUUUGCUAUUGACAACCAAAGGCGACCGGAGUCAAUUGCCGAAGACACCCUCAAUAAGCCGUGGCGCACCCUGCCCGCGAAAAGGAUGACCCCGCAGCAGGCAUUCAAUCUAAUGCUUGUCUUUUACCCCCUUGCUAUCCUAACAAGUCUUCAAAUUGGCGGACUUAGACAAUGUAUUGGGCUGGUCGUACUUGGGAUAUGGUACAAUAACUUUGGAGGCGCCGAUGCCUCUUGGAUAACGAGAAACUUCAUCAACGGCUGCGGGUUUGUCUGCCAUAUAUCCGCCCCCUUGGAAGUGGCGCUUGGUGGCCAGCAGGUAGCUUCGAACGAAUCGACGAUCAAAUGGCUGUUGAUAAUCGGGACUGUCGUUUUCACAACCGUCCAGACACAGGAUAUGUACGACCAGGCGGGUGAUUGUCUCCACGGCCGCAAGUCACUUCCCUUGGUUGUCGGCGAUGGGCCUGCACGGUGGUCUAUUGCGGUUCCGAUGACGUUCUGGUGCAUAUUUUGCCCUUGGUACUGGAGCUCGUCUCCUAUAACGUGGACACUCGUCGUUUCCCUGGGGCUCACUGUCGCAGGGAGAUCACUAGCCCUACGCAGCGUCUCCCAGGAUAGGGCCACGUUCCGGCUAUGGAAUCUAUGGAUGGUUUGUCUUUAUGCUUUACCACUGACAAGAGUCGUCUAUUGA